CAGGAAAGCAUGCCGUUUGCAGUGGUGGGCAGCGACAAGGAAUACCAAGUAAAUGGCAAAAGAAUCCUGGGCAGGAAAACUCCCUGGGGCGUCAUUGAAGUGGAAAACCUCAAUCACUGUGAAUUUGCCCUACUUCGAGACUUUGUCAUCAGGACCCACCUCCAAGACCUAAAAGAAGUGACGCACAACAUCCACUAUGAGACCUACAGGGCCAAGCGGCUGAAUGACAACGGGGGGCUCCCCCCGGUGACCGCCGAGACAGAGGAGAACCACGAAA